CCGAGAAGUAUAUGUAGAGGCUGAGUAAAUAUCCUAAACCCUUCAACCGUUUUGUUUUCCAUUUCUCCAACUCCUACAUCAACGCUGCGACGCAAUGGACCAAGUGCUCCCCGUUCCGAACCCGACCAAGGCAUAUUGGCUCAGCGAGCCUCAUGAGCUAGCCCGAUUUCGUUCCACACCAGAUCUGCCUGCAACAUGCGACGUUGCCAUUAUCGGGUCAGGCAUGGCCGGCAUCACAACAGCGUACCAUCUUCUUCACAGCAAUAAACAGCCCCCAAACGUCGUCAUUCUAGAAGCACGAGAGUUAUGUUCGGGGGCCACUGGGCGUAACGGGGGGCAUUGCAAAGUUAAAGUGCCAACAUUUGCGGGCUUCACGCCAGGUCCAGGUAGCUCGACUGUGGAUGACAUGGCUGUUUACGUACAUGGUAUCAUCAAUGGGCUGAAGCAAAUCGUAGAGGAGGAAGAAUUGGACUGCGAGUUUGAGCUCCGUCGAAGCUUCGAUAUUCAACUCGAUGACGACGAGUCCAAACGGCUAAAACGAAUCUAUGAUGAGAGCGCCAAGGCAGGAAGCACGUGGACGAGAACGGUCGAUUACAUAGACGAAAGAUUUGCAGGCCAGAUUACUUCUAUCAACGGGGCAAACACCGCAUUCACUGGUCCGGCAUGCUCCUUCUGGCCAUACAAGUUCGUCUCGCAGCUCUUGGCGAGGCUUCUUGCUCAGCAUCCCCGAUCCUUGAACUUUCAGACAAUGACCCCCGCGACCUCAGUAACAUUAUCCGAGGAUGGAAGCAGUGCCAUCCAUACCUCACGCGGGUCAUUCAAGGCCGAGAAAGUCGUCUUUGCAACCAAUCCUUACACAUCGGGACUCAUUUCCCAAUUCAACGACAUCAUCACUCCGAUCCGUGGCAUGACAUCCCACAUCGUCCCCAAGCAACCAAUUCACCCGCAUCUCUCAAACACGUACAACAUUGAUUUCGGCCCAGAGAAAGGGACCGACUAUCUCAAUCCACGACCGGAUGGUAGCAUCGUCGUCGGAGGCGGGAAAUGGCUCUAUAAUUCUGACCGUCCGUCAUGGUUCAACAACUUCGACGACUCCAUGCCGUUUCCCCCACAAACUGAAGAGUAUUGGGAAGGUUACAUGCAACGAAACUUUCGCGGUUGGGAAGAGAGUGGAGCAGAGUUGGACAAGGUGUGGGUGGGCAUCAUGGGCAUCACCCCGGAUGGGUGGCCGCACGUUGGAAGAGUUCCAGGCGUAAAAAAUCAAUGGAUGCUGGCUGGGUUCAAUGGCGGUGGCAUGUCGAUGAUUCUUACUGUUGCAAAGGCAGUCGCAACGAUGGUGAAGGAAGACGCUGGGUUCGACGAGGUGGCUGGGGGAUUGGGCGUUCCAGAUUUCUGGGGGACGAGUGAGGAGAGGUUGAGAGUAGGAAAAGAUGAAGAUCUGAUGGUAAAGAGAAAGUAAAUUGCCUCGAUAAAUCAGGCUGUUCUCAUUCAAAUGGGACCCAUCUAGGAAGAGCAAAGUAGUCUCCCUUAUAUGUGCCGGCGUCGAUAUCUGCAUUAAUUUUAUCCAACUCAUCAAUGUUCUUGAGUGUCCUUUCGAGCUUUGCGCUAAUAUGUUUGUUCUCCAGCAACACCUUGUAGAGUUCAUCUGGACGAGCUUGAUCAAUCACCAGCUCGCUCUGCCUCAUAUGAAGGUCGUUAAGCUCAUUGGUUACUGUGUCCAGACGCCUGGUGACUUCGCUGACGUGUUUCUGGCACGUGCUGACGAAUUGUCUGAUUCUCAUCAGCUCCUCUCUAAUGUUCUUUAUUUGUUGUCUCUGGGCCUCCCCCUCCGAAUCUAGCCUAGACCAGGCUCCGCUCUUCAAACUCUUCUUGAGGUUUUCUUCAAAAUUCUUUUCAC